AUGGCAUUGAUCCUUUCCGCCCUAUCAUCCACUGCUGUCUCCUGGAACCACAACCGGGUCCACAGGAACGAGCACGGGAUCAGGGGGAUAACGGUGCGGUGUUACUUCCGUCGUGAUGCAGGGCCGCAUGAACAACAGAAAAAGGAAAGCAUAUCGCAAGUCUCUCGCCGGCUGUAUCAGAAGCUGCAACUCCAGCUGCAUCUCGGCCUCCCCGUCACACCCUCCACGUUGUUCCCGGCCAAGCGGCAUGUGGCCCGCUUGUGGCUGCACACCAUCUUCCAGAAGAUGGCCGCCGCUGUCACUUCGGCCUCGUAUCACCACGUGUGGCGCCCUCUCCGCGAGAGAGAGCCAGCGCCAGGAACGCAGCAGCCGACAGCCGGACCACGAUCCACCGGCGGCGUUUUUAUCUCACCUAGGGGCCAUCGUACGAUACCAGCGGGCCCAACCACGCGGCUUGUAGGGCAUGGCCAGUGA